AUGCCGGUGGCCCUUCCAGUCGCGUUACUACCCAGAGAUUCAUCUGUACCAGGGACAGAGGGAGAGAGGAGAGGGAGGAGGGGACACACACACACACACACACACACACACACAGAGAGAGAGAGAGAGAGAGAGAGAGAGAGAGAGAGAGAGAGAGAGAGAGAGAGGAGAGAGAGAGAUUGCCUCCAGCAGCUGCUCUCGCUAGAGAAAGGGAGUGACCCAAGGGACCGCGAGUGAAGGGACAGGAUGGCUUAAGUACCUGUACCCACAGGACCCCACGACAGGGGGAGGUUCCAGCUACAGCUCCUCCGUGGGGUCAUGGCAGGGGCUGGGGAGUCCCCUCAAAAGCCCUGAGCACCCCUGCACUGCUGCUAAGGGACACCCCAGAAGUUAGCAUCAGUGGGACUCCGAAGCUCUGAUCUCAACAACAUCCCAGCUAUGGCUGGUGAUUCUAGGAAUGCCAUGAACCAGGACAUGGAGAUUGGAGUCACUCCAUGGGACCCCAAGAGGAUUCCCAAACAGGCCCGCGAAUACGUCCCCAUUGCCACAGACCGCACGCGCCUACUGGCCGAAGGCAAGAAGCCGCGCCAGCGCUACAUGGAGAAGAGCGGCAAGUGCAACGUGCAUCAUGGCAACGUCCAGGAGACCUACCGGUACCUGAGUGACCUCUUCACCACCCUGGUGGACCUCAAGUGGCGUUUCAACCUGCUCGUCUUCACCAUGGUUUACACCGUCACCUGGCUGUUCUUCGGCUUCAUUUGGUGGCUCAUUGCUUACAUCCGGGGUGACCUGGACCAUGUUGGUGACCAAGAGUGGAUUCCUUGUGUUGAAAACCUCAGUGGCUUCGUGUCCGCUUUCCUGUUCUCCAUUGAGACCGAAACAACCAUUGGGUAUGGCUUCCGAGUCAUCACAGAGAAGUGUCCGGAGGGGAUUAUACUCCUCUUGGUUCAGGCCAUCCUGGGCUCCAUCGUCAAUGCCUUCAUGGUGGGGUGCAUGUUUGUCAAGAUCAGCCAGCCCAAGAAGAGAGCUGAGACUCUCAUGUUUUCCAACAACGCGGUCAUCUCCAUGCGGGAUGAGAAGCUGUGCCUCAUGUUCCGGGUGGGUGACCUCCGCAACUCCCACAUUGUAGAGGCCUCCAUUCGAGCCAAGCUCAUCAAGUCCCGGCAGACCAAAGAGGGGGAGUUCAUCCCCCUGAACCAGACUGACAUCAACGUGGGCUUCGACACGGGCGACGACCGCCUCUUCCUGGUGUCUCCUCUGAUCAUCUCCCACGAGAUCAAUGAGAAGAGCCCUUUCUGGGAGAUGUCUCAGGCUCAGUUGCAUCAGGAGGAGUUCGAAGUUGUGGUCAUUCUAGAAGGGAUGGUGGAAGCCACAGGCAUGACCUGCCAAGCCCGGAGCUCUUACAUGGAUACAGAGGUGCUCUGGGGCCACCGAUUCACACCAGUCCUCACUUUGGAAAAGGGCUUUUAUGAGGUGGACUACAACACCUUCCACGACACCUAUGAGACCAACACUCCCAGCUGCUGUGCCAAGGAGCUGGCAGAAAUGAAGCGGGAAGGCCGGCUCUUCCAGUACCUCCCCAGCCCCCCGCUGCUAGGGGGCUGUGCUGAGGCAGGGCUGGAUGCAGAGGCUGAGCAGAAUGAAGACGAUGAGCCCAAGAGGCUAGGAUUCAUCAAUCUUCAUAUGAAAAAGAACACCACUGCACUGCUAAAAAUUCACACAAUAAAAUGGACUUGACCUUGCA